AUAAUUUUACAUAUCCAAAUAAAAAUUCAAAAACUAGGAAACUAUAGUCCUUGGCGCCUCCUUUCAUUUUUCCAUUCCCACAGUAUAUACAGUCACCAUGGUCUUCUUCAGUUCCCGGAGUUUCAUGUUUUCUUCGUGACGCCGAAAAUGGCAGACCGGCAACAAAGUGGCCGAAUCAGCGCAUAUUUCAGCGCCUCAAAGCCACUCCUUCCUCAAAAAAGGGCUUACGAUUCCUCCACCUCUUCCCCGUACCAAAUUAAGGGUUUACGUGAUGUUGAUGGUGCUGCGGGUAGGGUUCGAGUUGGGAAGAGAGUUCCUCUUGCAGAUGUUCCGUUGAAUAGGGUUUAUUCGUCUGGGAAUGGCGGUGAUGCAUCUUUUGAUGCAAUUCGAUGUAGUUCAAGUGCAAGGACUGUGGUUGGUUAUGGUGUUAGUGCUGCGAAGGAAAAUCUGUGUCAAUUGGAUUUUGAAACUCCGAGGAAAGAAUCUGGAGGAUUUAAAUCCGAACCACUUGAUUACUUUUCUGGAAGUGGUCUAUUCGAUGAUGAUUUUGAUGACUCUAUUUUGGAACAAAUUGAUAUUAUUUGUGAGGAGAAAUCUGCAGGGAAAGUAGCUGGGCAGGAGGGGUUAGAUCGUAGUUGUCAGGAGAACGUUUCAAGCGAGGGCGGUGUAGUUGGUGAUGUUGAUCUGGGUUUGGGAACUAGUGUUUUUUCUCAGGGUAUAGAAAAUGAUGAUUUUGAUGAGUCAAUUUUGGAACAGAUUGAUAUUCUUUGUGAGCAGAAAUCCGCGGAGAAAGCAGCUGGGCAGGGGUUAGAUAAUAGUUGCCAGGAGAAAGUUUCGAGUGAGAGCGGUGUAGUUGGUAAUGUUGAUCCAAGUUUGGGAACUAUUGUUGUUUCUGAGGUUAUAGGAAAUGGCGACAUGUUUAGUUCUGGAAUUGCUCUGGAUCAUAAAGAAGAACAUGUGGAUAGUGAUACUACUGGGAAAAGUUUACUGAGUGGAACCAUGCCCGAGGAAUAUUUGAAAUACUUGGAAUCCCUAAAUGAAAGGCAAAGAGAAGCAGCGUGCACUGAUGUUUCCACCCCUUUAAUGAUUGUAGCUGGUCCAGGAAGUGGAAAGACAUCAACAAUGGUUGGGCGAGUUUUGGUGCUGCUUAAUGAGGGCAUUAGUCCCUUAAACAUUCUUGCAAUGACAUUUACAUCAGCAGCAGCUACUGAAAUGAGAAAACGUAUUGGAGCCAUAACUGGGAAGGAAAUGGCCAAAGAACUUACAAUCAGCACUUUUCAUUCAUUUUGCUUGCAACUUUGUCGUUCACAUGCAGAAAAGUUAGGCCGUACAUCUGAAUUCUUAAUAUAUGGACAGUGGCAACAGCGAAAUGCAAUUAUUGAGGCCACCCGAUUAUUAGAAAAUGAAACAAAUAAACAUAAAAAUGGUGAAUUGUUGAUUGGAGAAGCGUCCGAUAGUCUAAGGACCCCUAAACAGUUCAAGGAUAAGGCAAAGAAAUGGCAAAAUUUUGUGACUCAGGCCAAAGCGUCAGGAAGAACUUCUGCAGAAUUUCGUGAAAUGGGCAAUGAAAUAGGAGCGGAAAUUCUUGACAAUUACAGUAACAUAUUAAAAUCUUGUAAUGCUCUGGAUUAUCAUGACUUGAUCAGCUGUUCUGUGAAGCUGCUCACUGAUUUUCCUGAAGUUUUCAGAGAAAGUCAGGAUUCAUGGAAAGCUGUUGUCAUAGAUGAGUUUCAAGAUACCAGUGCCAUGCAAUACAAGCUUCUAAGGAUUCUUGCAUCCCAUCAUAAAAUAACAAUUAUUGGUGAUGAUGACCAGUCCAUUUUCAGUUUCAAUGGAGCCGACAUUUCUGGAUUUAUUUCCUUUCGUAAAGAUUUUCCAAACUACAAAGAGGUCAGGCUUAACAAAAACUAUCGGUCCACACGUUACAUUGUCGAGGCUGCAUCUUCUCUUAUUCAAAAUAAUGCCAAGCGAUGUCAGUUGAAGAAUGUUCUUACUGAUAACUCUUCUGGGUCGAAGAUAGUUUUGAAGGAGUGUCACAAUGAGGAUGCACAAUGUUCAUUUAUUGUUGACAAAAUCUUAGAAAUUUCAUCUAAUCAUUCAGCAGAUAACUGUUCCUAUGGGAACAUUGCAAUUCUAUACCGUAGACGGGUAUCAGGGAAAGCCUUCCAAAUGGCUUUUCGGGAUAGGAAAAUACCUUUUAAUAUUCACGGUGUGGCAUUUUACAGAAAAAAGGUAGUCAAAAGUAUCAUCGCUAUGCUUCAAACAGCACUGCCUGGUUGUAACGAUGACUCAUAUAUUAGAGUCUUCAAGGCUUUACUUCCUUUCGAGAAGGAUAUGAAAAAAAGGGUAAUUGACCAUAUCAGCAAAAUUUCAACUACUAGAAAAUGCAGUUUCUUAUCAGCUGCCUGUGACAUCUUUACUGCAAAGAUUUCUGGUACUUUUAAAAGGAGCGACCUUACCCACGGAAGGAAGGUUUUAGCGACACUAGAUAUCAUAUCAAAACUUGUUCACAGGGAAAAGUCAAUUUCAGCUAUCAUAACUUCUGUGGCGAACAUGAUACCUGAGAAGUACCUUCUUGAGCAACGGGCAACUGUUGAUGUUGAUGGAGGGACAUUGUUGAAUGAAGACUAUGACAUCAGAUCUGUUCUUCAGUACCUGUUGGAUGAUGUCUCUGAGUUUCUCUCUACCAAAUCCAUUGAGGUAAGAGGGGAAAAGGAAAUGUUAGAAGAUAAAGGCUGCAUUUUUGCGCUAAAAGCAUUCAUUGAUUAUUUAUUUGAGCGUGAGAAAGAAAAUUUUCGUGCUCGGAGACAGGACAAUCAAAAUUCCGUGACAUUGACUACCAUUCAUCAGGCAAAAGGCUUAGAGUGGGACUUUGUCUUCAUAGUUAAGGCAAAUGACUCCGAGAUCCCUCUAUUACAUGAUUUCAAAGGUGUUGUGAAGGACACCGCACCCAUAGUUGAGGAGGAAAGACGUUUACUAUAUGUUGCAAUGACUCGUGCUCGGCAAAAGCUUUUUAUUCUCUAUGUCAUGAUGGACUCAAAUUGGCAGAUGCUUCAACCUUCCCGAUUUCUGAAAGAAAUCCCUCAUCAUCUUCUAGAGUUUCAGGGUGACAUAAAUAUGCAAGAGCUACAAAUAAAGCGAGAAGCUCAUCAAAAGGAAGCUACCGGUUGUACCACUGAUUUGUUGAUAAAAAAGCAACAAUCUGAGGCUGAUUUGGUCCCUGUGCCAAAUGAAUUGCUCAACAGUCAUUUUACCGAGGCUUCUGAUGAGCUUGCAGAAUUCGCAGAGGCAAACAAUGGCAAUGAUUUCAUAAGAAGAUUCAAUGUAGAAGACAGAUCUGUUGUUUCCCAUAUAUUCCAUAAAUGGGCAAAAAAGAAAGCAUUUCAAGAUCCAAAGAGGUUGCUAGAUAAGGUUGGUUUUGUAAUUGAUGAACGCCUUAGACAGAAGAAGAACAAACACAAGGAUUUAUUGAAUUCUUUAAAGUCCUGCUUAACCUGUGAUGAAGCAAUGCCGUAUGCUGAAUAUGUUUUGAGAUGGGAGCAAAUUCCUGCGGAUAAACGUGCUCAUCUUAUGAGGGAAAAACAGACAUCAACAAUGAUUUGCACAAACAUAUAUGCUAGAGGAAGUAAUAAAUCCCUGAAUUUCGGCAUAAAUCAAUUAGCCUUGGCUAUCUUGACAUUGGAGCAUGGACAAAUGCAGGAACACUUCAUGAAAUUAAAGAUUGAGAAUGCAAUGGGUUCGGCAACACCAACUGACAAGCAGAUCUCCUAUUUGAAGAAACUGGGGUGCACCAUGAUCCCUACAUCUCGACUCCAUGCAUCUCAUCUCAUUGAGCAAUACAAAGCAUUGUAAUAAAUUAUGAUCUUUGAUCAUCUAUUAAGGUUAAAUUUUGCCUACUUCUAUGUUAUGGAACAAUUAUUAUUAUUAUUAUUAUUAUUAUUAUUAUUAUUAUUAUUAUUAUUAUUAUUAUUAUUAUUAUUAUUA